UACCCAAGUGACGAGGAAAAAGGAAGGAGGAGGCACUGAUGACGACUGACUUCUCCACACAAGCACCGUGGCUGAAACCAACAAGCUAAUCCAAUAAUUGGACGAGAUGCUACCUGGAUACACUCUGGCUUUUGCAAUCAUCCCUGUUUUUUUGGAGGGAUGUUGUGUAGAAAAGCUCCACAAGGAAAAGAUUGAUCUUCCACAAGAAACCGCAAUUUAUCGUUAUCAGGCCGUGGAGGGGGAAUUUUUCAUGAUGCAGUGUGGAAACUCUGCACAGCACAGCAACGAGGUGGUGUGGUCCAAGUGUGGAGAAGGAAGAGAUGAAAAUAAUCACUCAUCCGCUGCCACAGGGAGGCAAAAUGAAGAUGAAGUAGGUGUGCUCAGUAGAGACAACGUUCUCCAGUUCCGGGCGAUUGAAGCAAAAGACUCUGGAAAGUACACAUGCUUCACAGGCAACAAGAUGUUGUUCUUCCAUCUAGAGGUGAUGGAUAAAUCCAGUCUGGGCUGCGCUGAGCCUGCGGAGAGCAACGUGACUCUGAUCUUGGACACGGGUGGAGAGAUCCCCUGCCCAGGUUUCAACUGUAGUGACCAGGCCUCUAACACAGCCGUCAUCUGGUACAAGAAUCGCACAGCUGUGUCUGUUCUGCAGAAGACAAGACAGAUCUGUGAGGAGGGAAGUCGCUUGCUGCUCUGCAGGGUCUACCUGACGGACACCGAUGUAUAUUUCUGUGACACAUACAUAAAUAAUCAAGGGGUCAUUUGGACCAAUAGGAGGGCAGUUAAUGUCAUCGUCAUCCCACAGGACACAAGUGAAGGUCCACUGAUUAUCCUUCCUCAGGAUAACAAGCUCAAGGAAGUGGAGCUAGGUCAGCCUCUCACUCUCACAUGUGAGGCUAAGUUUGGUUUCCAGAGAAACUUUUCCCCACUGGUCAAAUGGUACACCAAUAUCCAAGGAAACAAGGAGGACAUGACUCCACUACACAUGGAGAGUCAAGAAAUAGAAAGACGGAACAUCAAAGAGUUCAUAGUAACUCGGAGAGCAGUCAUAAACAAAGUGUCAUUACUGCACUUGAAAGACACUUACACUUGCAUUGCUGGUAAUGCCGUGGGAAACAGCAGCGCCACUAUCAGACUCAAGAAGAAAAUCAGAGUGAAGUGGCCAGUAGUGGUUGGGAUUCCCGCUGUGUCCUUCCUGCUGGUAGCUGGAGUGGGAAUACUUUUGCGCGUCAAACGGCUGGAGUUGUCUUUGAUCUACAGAUCCCGUUGGCAACAUUCAAACAAAGGAGAGGAUGAGAAGGAGUUUGAUAUAUUUUUGUCUUGUGUGUGGAGUCCCCUGUCUGAAGAGGCGGUGGAAGGUCUGGCCUUAGUUUCCCCAUGUGGGACUGAAACUAAUGAAAAAGUAUCUCUAUCCAGCAUGGCCCGGCUGAGCACAGUGGAGGGGUGUGCCACCCAGAGGCCACUGGAGGUGCUGCUGCCACAGGUGCUGGAAGAGCGCUGGGGCUACCGCCUCUGCCUGCUGGACAGGGACCUGCUGCCUGGAGGAGCAUAUGCAGAUGAUGUGGCAUGUGCACUGAAGAGAAGCCGGAUGCUGAUCUGUCUCCUGUCUGCUGAAUACCUCUCCAACAGCAACGCUGUGUUUGUGCUGGAAUCAGGCAUCCAGGCUUUCCUGCAAGACUCCCACCUCAAGCUGCUGCUGAUCUGGACCACAGCAACCCGAGCAUCACUGGGACACCUGGACCCGCCUCUACCCCCACUGGUCCGGAGGGCCUUGAAGGUACUACCUACUCUGACCUGGGCCUCAGGUGAUCCCCCAAGAGCCACCAGUAACUUCUGGACUUCACUGAGGAAGGCAUUGCCUCACAGAAUUACGCCUAUUUCCCUUGUGCAGAAUCAGACUUGAUCAACACAUUCCUUCCUCAUAAGGUGCACAGGACAGCAUCAUGUAUUUAAAGAUUUAUUUAUGGAGACAGAGAUCCUGCUUGUUCGACUGCCAAGUGGAAUCAUCUAAAAAUAUACCAAGCUUUUGAGUCAGAGUGCCAAGACAUAUUAUUUCCAAAUAUGUAUGAAAAAUAGUAACAUUUCAGUAGUCG